AGAGCCCGCGCAACACGGGCUCUUGUACUCAGUCCAACUCGGUCCUCGAACUGGUCCUGUGGCACGCAGCGUGGUGACCGGCGAACCGCACCGUUCCCGGCGUCAGUCACAGCAUCCGCGUGGUACUUGACAUCGUGCUCUUCUCUUCUCUCGAUCACUCUCUCGGGCGAUCAUCGCGAGAUGAGCCGUCGGGCGCAACGACAGUGGUACACAUCGACAAUCGUACACGUCUCCUCGCUCGUUGUCGAGAAAGACGGCCGAUGAAAAUCGCGAAAGCUCAUAAGAAGAAGCCUAGCAGAGCCAUCCGCAGAGCGCACACGAGGGCGAAGGGAGUCGACUCGCCGGCGAUAAACUCAAAGUGAUCGAGCGCGGAAACCAGCGCGGGAAAACCGAACGAUCGUCCGCACGGCAACGACGCGGGGCAAGGCGGAUCCAUCAGCGAAAAUGAGCGGCUCAGCGGUUUGCUUGCUACUGCUGUCGGCAAUAUCGGGAGUCUUCAGCGCGUGUCCUCUGCCACCGUCGCCGGAGAACGGCAGGAUAUUGAAGACCAUGCAGGACGGCACUCAGCACAUCAUGUUCAGGUGCGAGCCGGGCUAUAGGGUCAAGGGUACCAAGGUGGCGACUUGCGUCGGCGACAAAUGGGAUCAGCCCGCCCCGACAUGCGUGCUCCUCAAUACAUUGCGCUUUUUGCGCCCGGACAUCCUCGCCGGCGAUGAACCGGCCAGGGACAGAGAACGCCGAGAGAGCGAGCACCGAGAGGGCGAGCCCCGAGAGAACGAUCGUCAAGGGAGCAAACCCCGAGAGUUCGAGUUGCAAGCUGCAAAGGACCGCUCGCAAUCGCAGGAUGAAUCGCAAAGGGACGCACAUUACAGAACGCACACCGUAGCGAAGAAGCACCGUAGGACGCGAGAGCACAGGAAGAACGGAGCGAAGAGGAGGAGGAAGACGAGCCAAGAGAAGCCUCUGUCAAAUGUACCUGGCGCGACGAAAUUAAACGAGACGCUGCUGUCUCAAUUAGACACCAGCUGCACUAAGAAAAACCCCAAGAAGAAAUCCCUCAAGGCCCCUGCGAUCGAACACGCUCAUAAGCCCAAAUACGCUAGGAGGAGGAACGUACUGCCGCCGUAUAAUCGAUACCUCGUCGCGGUUUACAAGUGCGCGGAUAAUUACGUUUUCAUGGACUCGACUACCGACAGACUUUUCUGCAGCAACCGCACCUGGCUUGGUCGUCGACCGAAGUGCGUGAGGCAGAGCCAGCCGGCGAUCGAUAAAGCGAAACGUUGCGAUCAGGAUAGAGGUGAGUGCGAGCACGUGUGCGAGGAUACACCGGCCGGUAUAAAGUGUUCCUGCUUCGAUGGAUUUCGAGCCGAAGAAUCGUCCUGUAUAGACAUCGACGAGUGUACCGAAGGCACAGCAGGAUGCGCCGACAUCUGCCGCAACGAACCCGGCUCGUAUUCCUGCGAGUGUCAUCGUGGUUUUCAGCUCGGCGCCGACGGCCGCACUUGCCAAGAUGUCAACGAAUGCCUGCCGAACAACGGGCACGGUCCUUGCCAAGGCGCUUGCCGCAAUCUCGAAGGUGGCUACGGGUGCAGUUGCGCGGAUAUUCCCGGGUACAAAUUAGCUGCCGACAAUCACGCCUGCGAGGACAUCGACGAGUGCGCGCUGAACAACGCCAACUGCUCUCACUUGUGCCUGAAUACGCCUGGGAGCGCCUUUUGUCUCUGCCCGGACGGCUUUUAUCUGACGGAUAAUUGGAAGACCUGUCAGGAUGUCAACGAGUGCGAAAUCACACCGAGGAUUUGCGCCGAGGAUAUGGAUUGCGAAAAUACUGUAGGCUCCUACAAGUGCGUCAACAAGGCGCAGCCACAUAAAGUGACGAAGGUCCUGCGGGAAGAGGAUUACGACGGUGAGGGUGGAGACGGCGAUAACGACAACAACAACGACAACAACAACGGCGAUGACGACGACGACGGUGACGACGACAACGAUGACGACGAUGACGAUGACGAUUACGGUUACGGUGAGGAGAUUACCGAAAAUCCGCAGAGCCGAAAGUGCGAGGACGGCUUCAGGAGGAACGAGAAUUUCGAGUGUGUCGAUAUAAACGAGUGCAUCGAGGCGCACGAUUGCCAACACGAGUGCGUGAACGAGCCGGGCAGCUACCAUUGCGCCUGCCGCAGCGGCUACGAGGUCAACGAGGACGGCGCGACGUGCAGGGACGUGGACGAGUGCGAGGAGCCGUCGCAGCCGUGCUCUCACGUCUGUCGCAAUACCGUGGGCGCGUACGUGUGCGAGUGUCCUCCCGGGCUCGUCCUGGCUCACGACAAUGCCACUUGCACGCGGAAGCUGGGAAACUGCGCCUCUCUCGCGAGUCCUUGCUCACAUCGGUGCGAGGACACGGAGGACGGGCCGCGCUGCGUCUGCCCGAGCGGCUACGAGCUGUCGCACGACCGGACGACCUGCAACGACAUCGACGAGUGCCUCGCUCGACAGCCUUGCUCGCACUCCUGCGUCAACCUGGACGGCGGCUUCGUCUGCACGUGUCCGGACGGCCUCGAGGUCAGCGGCGACUCCGGGCUCGACUGCGUCGACGUGGACGAGUGCGAGCGAGGCGGUGGCGGUUGCCAACAGCUGUGCAGGAAUCUACACGGCAGCUACGAGUGCGCCUGCCGGCCAGGCUUCGUCCUGCACGUCGACAAUAGGUCCUGCCUCGCGGUGAGCGCGUGCGAUCAGCACGCGUGCUCGCACGGCUGCGAGGACCAGGACGUUGGCUACAGGUGCACCUGUCCGCCGGGACAUCGCAUCCAGCAGGACGAGCGCACGUGCGCCGACGUGGACGAAUGCGCGCAGGAGUCGCACGGCUGCUCGCACGAGUGCGUGAAUCUGCCGGGAUCCUACAAGUGCCGGUGUCCAGACGACAUGUCCUUGGAUGACACCGGGAGCAACUGCGUGCUUUCCGACGGCUGCGAGCUCGCGAAUUGCAGUCACGGCUGCGAGAGGGAUCAGAGCGCGUACAGGUGCGUCUGUCCGAACGGCUACGUCCUGCGGGAAGACGGUAGGACCUGCCAGGAUUUCGACGAGUGCCUCGAGGAUGAGCACGCCUGUUCCCACGGCUGCAUUAACGUCCCCGGGAGUUUCGAAUGCGCCUGUCCGCGGGACAUGAGUCUUUCGGCGGACGGCUUCUCCUGCGAGAAAGCAUGUCCUCAAGGACUCCGGCCGGACGACGAUGGCCGAUGUGAGGACGUUGACGAAUGUCGCGAAGACAAGCACGAGUGCUCGCAUCGGUGCGUCAAUGUGUACGCGGCUUACCGCUGCGAGUGUCCUCUCGGCUCCUGGUUCCUGGAGAGCGACGGUCUCACUUGCGCGAGGAUCGAUCCUUGCGCCAACUCGUCCUGCUCGCACUCGUGCGCGUCGAUGGGCUCGGAUUACAGAUGCGAGUGUCCUGCGGGUUAUCUCUUGGAUGAAGACGGUAGCAUUUGCACGGACAAGGACGAAUGCGAGGAUCAGACGACAAACGAUUGCAGCCACGAGUGCAGGAACCUCGAAGGAUCUUACGCGUGUUCCUGCCCGACGGGGCUCGAGCUCGAGCAGGACAAUCGCACGUGCGUCGUCGUCCAGGACGAAUGCUCAGAGUCGCAAGGAGAUAACGAUUGCACUUGUCCCGAGGGAUACGCGUACUCGCGGGACGAGCGUGUCUGCAAGGACGUCAACGAGUGCCAGGAUGAGCAGCGACACCACUGCUCUCACGAUUGCGUCAAUACCAACGGCUCUUACCACUGCGAGUGUCCUGCCGACUGGCGCCUACGGGAAGACUCCAGGACCUGCGAAUUGGCGAGUGAUCCUUGCGCCAAGGAUCAUGGCUGCUCGCAUACGUGCGAGCAGAACGACGGUCAGUUUCGCUGCGGCUGUCCAGAAGGAUAUCAGUUGCAGGACGACGAGAAGACCUGCCAGGACGUGGACGAGUGCACCGAAGGAUCGCACGCGUGCGGUCACGCGUGCGUGAAUAUCGAAGGCGCUUAUUAUUGCGAGUGUCCUGCGGGAUACCGGCUGGGUGACGAUCGCAGAACUUGCGAGGACGCGGACGAGUGCUCGGCGCAGGACGUCGGCUGCUCUCACGGCUGCCUCGAUACGAACGGCACUGUCAGCUGCACGUGUCCGGAAGGACACGAACUGUCGGACGACGGCAGGACUUGCGCGCGCCGGAACAAGUGUCUCGUCCGGAAUGGCGGCUGUUCAGACACCUGUAUCUUCACCGGAGACUCGGUUUUCUGCGAUUGUUCUCGCGGCUUCGAGCUGUCGACCGACGGCGUGACCUGCGAGAAGAUCGAUCCUUGCAGCCAGGAUCACGGCUGCUCCCACGAGUGCGUCAGCAAGCCGGACGGCCCUCAUUGUCGCUGUCCGUUGGGCUACGCCCUCUCGAGUGACAACAAGUCCUGCGAAGACGUGAACGAGUGUAUCCUGGACAACGGAGGCUGCUCGCACUUGUGCGCCAACACGGAAGGAGGGGUGGAGUGCGCGUGUCCCGACAACUACAAGCUGCUGACGGACGACAACAGGACAUGCGUCGAGAUCAGCGCGUGUUCCAUCGACAAUGGCGGCUGCUCGCACUUCUGCCAUCACGAGAACGGUCGAGCAUCCUGCUCCUGCCCGGCCGGCAUGGUGCUAUCGGAGGACGACGACGGGACGAUGUGUAUUCACGAGAACAAGUGCCUGAAGGACAACGGCGGCUGCUCGCACCUAUGCUACCACGAAGACGGGAACGUGACAUGCGCUUGUCCGCCUGGGAUGAUCCUGGCGGCGGACCAGAGGCUCUGCGUGCCCGAGGACAAGUGCGAGGUCGGGAACGGCGGCUGCUCGCACUCGUGUCACGACGAGAACGGCAAUGUCACGUGCUCGUGUCCGCCAGGAAUGACCUUGGCGCCGAACGACGACACCCUCUGCGUCCACGAGAACGGCUGCCUCGUCCGGAACGGCGGCUGCUCCGACAUCUGCGUGUUCACCGGGGACGCGGCUGCCUACUGCGACUGCCCCUUCGGCUACCGGCUGUCGCCGAAGGACAACGCUACCUGCGACGACGUGGACGAGUGCCUGGAGCUGUCGGACAACUGCACCCACCGGUGCCUCAACACCGCCGGCGGCUUCGAGUGCGACUGCAACGAAGGCUUCCGUAGGAACCCACAGGACCCGGUGCUCUGCGACGACAUCGACGAGUGCGAGACCGGCGGGGGGUGCUCGCAUAGCUGCUCCAACCUGGUGGGCUCCUACCGGUGUCUCUGCCCGGCGGGUUACGCGCUCAGGCGCGACGACAACAGGACCUGCGUCCUGCUGGACGGCUGCAAGCGCGACAACGGGAAUUGCUCCCACCACUGCCACCAGGAGGAGCGAGCGGACGGAGAGCCCGGGACUCGUUGCUCCUGCCCGCUCGGCUUCCGGCUGAAGCCGGACCGCAGGACCUGCGAGGACGUGGACGAGUGCGAGGACUUCCAGAACGACGUCGACUCUGGCUGCUCGCACACGUGCGUCAACACCGUGGGCGGUUACCACUGCGAGUGCCCGGCCGGCUACAUCCUCAUGCCGGACGACAAGAAGAACUGCGUGGAUGUGGACGAGUGCCUGAGCAGCAAUCACAACUGCAGCCACGACUGCGUGAACCUGCUGGGUAGCUACGUGUGCGCCUGCCAUGACGGCCACUACCUGCACUCGGACCAGUCCAGCUGCCUGGACAUCGACGAGUGCCGCGAGGCGAACGGCGGCUGCUCCCAUGACUGCACCAACACCAUCGGCGGCCACUUCUGCAGCUGUCCAGCCGGCUACGAGCUGUCGCAGGACGAGAGAGCCUGCGUCGAUCUGAACGAGUGCGAAAGCGGCGUGGCGGAGUGCGCGCUCACCUUCGAGUGCGUCAACACCUUGGGAUCGUGGAAGUGCGUCUGCCCGGAGGGACGAGUCCUUUCGAACGACUCGCGCAGUUGCGUCCACGUGGACCGGUGUCAGCUGAACAACGGCGGGUGCUCGCACGCCUGCUUCCACGCCGGGGCGAGCGUGCGAUGCAGCUGUCCCGUGGGCCUGCGACUCGACAGCGGCGGCAAGGUGUGCGAGGACGUCGACGAGUGCGCGACCGAGAACGGCGGCUGCUCGGACGUGUGCGUGAACGUCGAGGGCACCUUCGAGUGCCGCUGCCCCGCCGGCUACCGCCUCGGGAAUGACUCGAGGAGUUGCGUCGACGUGGACGAGUGUGCCUUCGCCAAUGGCGGCUGCUCCGACGGCUGCGUCAACCUCGACGGCGACUACCGCUGCGAGUGCUCGCCGGGCUACCGAUUGGCGCCGAACCGGAAGGCCUGCGACGACGUGGACGAGUGCGCAGUCGACAACGGCGGCUGCAGUCACACGUGCGUCAACACGGUGGGCUCCUUCCGCUGCGAGUGUCCGCUUGGCUACGAGCUGUCCAACGGAUCCUGCCGGCUGCCUGAUCCUUGCCGGCAUCGCAACGGAGGCUGCGAGCAGAUCUGCGAAGUCGCGGCCAACGGCGGCGCGCUGUGCUCGUGCAAGCAGGGCUUCCGGACAGACCCGGUCGACGGCUUCAGUUGCCGCGACGUAGACGAGUGCGAAGGACAACACGGCUGCGAGCACAUUUGCGUCAACAAUCCUGGCUCGUACGAAUGUAGCUGCAAAGAUGGCUUUCGGAUGGUGAAUUCGACGUGUGUCGACAUCGACGAAUGCGUCGAGAGUGCAGCUUGCAGGGAGAGAUGCGUCAAUACACCUGGCUCGUAUUAUUGCACGUGUCCUCCAGGAUUCCACUGGCGUGGGGACGAAUGCAUAGACAUCGAUGAAUGCGAGUGGCGUCGCGGCGGUUGCGAGCAGGAGUGCGUCAAUAACGUGGGGUCCUUCAGCUGCGCCUGCCGCACCGGAUUCGCGUUAACGUCCAGCAGGAGGCACUGCCGCGACGUGGACGAGUGUCUGCAGCGGAACGGCGGCUGCAGCGGCGAGUGCAUCAACACCCCCGGGAGCUACUACUGCGUCUGUAGCGAGGACUUAAUGUUGGCACCCGACGAGAGAACUUGCGUCUCGCCGACGUCGAGGUGUCGCGCCAUGGAGCCGCCGUUGCACGGAGAGAUCAGGUGCCCGGGUCACCCUUCCGGCGCAUCCGUCUACCCGCAGGGUGCCAAGUGUCAUGUCCGAUGUCGUGGAGGAUUCCGACUGGAAGGAGCGCACACGAGACACUGCGUUAGCGGCGGCCGAUGGAACGGGAAAGAGCCUACCUGUCUGCGUGAAGCUGCGACAGAAUCCGCUUACAAGUCAAACAUGCCACGACCGUUCGUGAGCUGCCCCCAGGACAUGGACGUCGAGCUACCGGCUAGGCAAAAUACGAUACGUGUAACGUUCCCGCAACCCAAGUCCAACAUGAACUGGUGGAGAUACGUACACGCCUCACCCCCGUGGGCGAAGCAAUUGCAAGCGGAUCUGCCGACGGGCACGACGGUCGUUACCUUCACGGCUUGGUCACCGGUCUCUAAUUACACCAGCACCUGUAGAAUCGUGAUAAGGGUUCGAGACACGGAGAAUCCCAAAGUCACCAUGUGUCCCAUGUCUUUCGAGGUGAGGCUCAGCCCGGGCGAGCGGAGCCGUUUGAUCUUCUGGCAGGAACCAACGUUCACCGACAACGUCGGCGUCGAGCAUGUUUACAAAACGAGGGGUCCCGGACACGAGAUGCAUCCCGGCGUUCACAGUGUGCGCUACGUCGCAUCGGACGCAGCCGGAAAUCGAGCCGAAUGCCAUUUCUCGAUACACGUGAGAGAAGCUGAGGAUGGUCGUGAUUCUGAGCCGAGAUUCUACAGAAGAAAGAUGCUGAUGUGUCCCGGCAGACCGCCCCAGCCGGUGCCGGCUUCUUCUUACGGGUGGCAAAUACCGAGCGGCUGUUACCUGAGAUACACCAGAAUCUUCUCCGGCGCUUAUCAGCGAUACCCGGAACACCGGCGGAACGGUUAUCAGGAGUCAGCCAGGGCGCCUUAUCGCGAGACCGUACCGCCUAUCCAAGAGACUCGCAAUCCGGAUAUCGGCAGAGCGUACGACGUUGACGUUGACGAUUAUCGACACUCGGCGCGACAACAAUAUCACCCCCGUCAGCAGCAGCAACCCCAGCAGCAGCAGCAGCAGCAGCAGCAGCAGCAGCAGCAGCAGCAUCAGCAGCAGCGGCAGCAACAGCAGCAGCUGUUGCACAGGCAAUAUCGGCAACGCGCUAUGAGGACCGAUCACGUAGUUUCUCCGGCGACUCAUUACGGCGCAGGCCGCGUCGAGACUAGAAUAUUGCCGCGGCAUGAAUGCUGCACGUAAGGGCCCGUCUGGCGGCCCGCGAACGACGUGUAAUAAGCGAACUUACAGCUCUGGGGGCCUAUUACGAUUCUACGACCGAGAUGAAAAUUACAAAAGUGAGUAAA